AUGGGCCCCACCGAGGCGAUCGCCGGGUUCCCCGGCCGCGACAGCGGCGUCAACCCGGCGUUCCGCACGGCCGUCAUGCACGCCGACGUGUUCGACUACGCGCCUGCCUUGGGGUCCGCCGAGGAGGUGAGCGGGGCGCACGCGCGCCUGGACAGGUACAUGGACAUGAUCAGGGCGGUGACGCCCGGGUCAGGGGCGUACACCAAUGAGGCGGACGUGCUGGAGCCGGACUGGCAGGCGAGCUUCUGGGGGGGGAACUACCCCAGGUUGCUCGAGAUCAAGAAGAAGUGGGAUCCGGAGGGGGUGUUCUGGGCGCCGGCGACGGUGGGUAGCGAGGGUUGGGAGGUUGCGACGACGGAUGGGCUGGCGUCGCAGAAUGGGAGGUUGUGUCGGGUUGAGUGA